AUGGAAGAGGAAACGAAGAAGAAGAAACAAGGAAGAGGAGACUUGGAAGGUGAAGCUCAAAAGUGUCCGAGAUGUGAAUCUCCAAACACAAAGUUUUGUUACUACAACAACUAUAGUCUCUCUCAACCUCGUUUCUUCUGCAAAUCUUGUCGGAGAUACUGGACUAAAGGUGGUACUCUCCGUAACGUCCCUGUUGGUGGUGGUUGCCGUCGAAACAAACGACCUUCUACUUCCUCAUCUUUCUCCAAGAACAACACUAAGCCAAUUAAUUUCCAUAAUGACCCACUUUACAACCCUUUAAUUACGGGAACGCCAUCCUCCUAUGGUUAUGACUCUAUUGAUCUCAACCUUGCUUUCGCUACUCUUCAUAAGCAUCCCUCCUCUCAGGUUACUCCUGCUCUCGGGUUCGGUGGCGAUCUUUCUAUUUAUGGGAACUCGACGAACGCAAAUUCUGAUGUGUUCGGAAACGGAUGGAUCUUCAGAGGGCACAACAGUAAUUUCAACAAUGGUACUUUGUGUUAUGGGUUUAUGCCUGGAAACGAGAAUGAAAGCAAGAGUUCCUCUUUGGGGCAAAAAGAGAGAAAGCAAGAGAAUGUGAACAUCAACAACAUUAUCUCAGAGAAUCCGAGUAAGUUCUUAUGGGGGUUCCCAUGGCAGAUGACCGGAGAUUCAGCCGGAGUUGUACCGGUGAUUGAUCCUGGAAAAGAAAGCUGGAAUGGAAUGACUUCAUCUUUGAAUAAUGGUUUACUCGACACUCCUUUGGUCUAG